GCGUAGCAUGGAUGGCUCGAUGUGAAGCCGUUGUUGUUCUCCUCCGUUGUUAGACUUUGUGCUGCUUGUCAAAACAAACGAGGGUGACACUGCCGCUUCUUCUUGCGCCUCUGCUCAACGUGUUUGAACUCAAAGUGUUGCUGAAAAUAGGACAAUGCGGGCUUCUUAGCGAACUUUAGAACAACUUUAGUAAUGCUGUGACAACAACCAGGCCCUAAGGAUGGACACGAGACUUUUAGAACCCGCUUUCGGACACACGCACAGUCACGUGCUGGCACGACUGGGGCGAUUUUUGCCGUCGCCGUACAUGCACUUCGGUUCUCCUAUUGCACCUUACAGCGUUCCAUUGGCGGCGGCCCACCAUGCAGCAGCGGCUCAUCAUCAUCAUGCAGCAGCGUUUGAUUACGGGCAGGCGGCCGCCGCGGCUGCGGCUAUGGCCGGCGGGGUGCCCUACUCCAUUGACGGCAUCCUCAGCAUGACGCCGGCCGGUCUAACGGCCGCGGCUAAUGGACUAGGAGGUCCCGUUGGAUCGGGAGGUGGAACUGGGGGCCCCGGAGAUCCGAACUCUCAUGGACAUGGCAAAAAAGGAGAUUCUGACUGCGAAAAUGAUGCGAGUUCGACCAGUGGUAGCCAAGGUAAAAGAAGAAGGACGAGAACCAAUUUCAAUGGCUGGCAGUUGGAGGAACUGGAGAAAGCAUUCGAAGCCUCUCACUAUCCUGACGUCUUCAUGAGGGAAGCAUUAGCGAUGAGGCUGGACCUCGUCGAGUCCAGAGUUCAAGUAAGCUCCCAAGUUUUGUUUUUUCCUUUGAAACUGUACAAUGUGUUUCUUCCCGAAGUUUUCCUGGUGUCUCUCCAAUACUUCUGAGAUAACUGCAGGAAUUCAGAAAAUCGAUUUGUUUGCUUAUAUAUUUAAAAAAAAAAAAAAAAAAAAAAAAAAAAAAAACAAAAAAAA